CGGUCGCGGACCUACAGGGUGGACGAGAUCAGUGCAGCGUGCCCCACGGGUGACAGUGCUGUAGCGUGGGGGCCCCGCCAGGGCGGCAGGCCACUGCGGGCGUGGGCGGUACUCGCGCAAACCCCGCCGUGACCACCCUCCCCUGGCAUCGUGGCGUUUUCUGAUGAAAACUGAAAUGUUGGCCUGAACCAACAUUCACUGGAUUCAUUGGGGGCUUUCUACAGUUCCACCAUUCCUCUGUCUGUGCUCGCUGGCAUUCUUUGCUAAACAAGAGCCUUCCCUCAGCAGCCAAGGGUGAACUACAGCACCUCUCCGCCUCCCAAAAGGCGGGUAAAUGCUGGCCUCCUUUUAAUUGUCUGUGUUCAGAAGGAACGGAGCCAGCCAGAGCCCCGCGCACUUGUCGUUGCGGGGCCUUGCCACUAGGAGGCGGAGGCGUGCGACCCGGCGAGGCUGGCGCGGGCACGUGACGUCACACCGAAUCCCAUCGAGGCCGGCGCGGGCUUGUGACGUCACGCAACGCGCCCAGGCAUAGCGGCGAGGUAACUGGUAUCUUGGGGUCUCGGCGCGGUCGCCAUGGGUCCGCGAGUACAACUCCCGCCCGAAAUCCAGCUGGCGCAGCGGCUGGCGGGGAACGAGCAGGUGACCCGGGAUCGGGCCGUGAGGAAGCUCCGGAAAUACAUCGUCGCCAGAACUCAACGGGCCGAAGGUGGUUUCACUCAUGAUGAGCUGCUGAAGGUGUGGAAAGGGCUGUUCUAUUGCAUGUGGAUGCAGGACAAGCCGCUGCUGCAGGAGGAACUUGGCCGGACCAUUUCCCAGCUUGUCCAUGCUUUCCAGACCACAGAGGCACAGCACCUGUUUCUUCAGACCUUCUGGCAGACCAUGAACCGUGAGUGGCCAGGCAUCGACAGGCUGCGCCUGGACAAGUUUUACAUGCUCAUGCGGAUGGUCCUGCACGAGGCGCUGAAGGCCCUGCAGAUGCGGGGAUGGGACGAGAGACAGACCGAGCAGCUGCUGGAGCUGCUAACGACAGAGAUCCUGCACCCGGACAGUGAAGCCCCCAAUGGGGUGAAGAGCCACUUCAUCGAGAUCUUCCUGGAGGAGCUGACCAAAGUGGGCGCCCACGAGCUGACCGCGGACCAGAACCUCAGGCUCAUCGGGCCCUUCUGCACAAUCGCUGCCCAGACUCAGGACUCCCUGGUUUUGCACAACAUCGCUCAAGGCAUCUUUGAAACAAUCGUGGAGCAGGCCCCACUGGCCAUUGAAGAGCUCAUGAAUGAACUGGAGGAGGAGGAGCUGUCAGAAGAGGAGGAGGAGCUGUCAGAGGAGGAGGCGCAGGAGCAGGACAUGCUGUCCAGAGAGCCCCCUAAAGGUUCUGUCCGCAGGGCUCAGCCCCCCCUGGACGAGCAGGUGGGAGACGACGACGACAGCUCCAGCACUGUCCUCCAGUUUGACUACAAGGCUGUUGCUGACAGACUGUUUGAGAUGGCCAGUCGCCAGGACACCCCUCCUCAGAACCGGAAGCGCCUCUACAAAGUGAUCCGGAAGUUGCAGGCCCUCGCGGAAGGCCUCUUCCCUGACGCUGACAUCCCAGAAGAAGCGUACCAGAAUCCACGGGGCGGGAGGCGGGUGAGAAUGAAGAAGCGCUUGUCCGGAUCCCAGCUGCAGGACAAGACGGGGAGACGUGCAAAGGAGGCCUUACGUUCAGACUCGAGCCCAGGAUCCAUGAGGAGGAGGCGGCGGCGGAGAGCAGGCGGUGACCCCCCUGUGCCCCAGGAGCGGCCCGGGGGCCAUGGCAGGAGAGGGGCCCCCAGGAGGCAGCGGCAGCCUCGGGCUGGGGCCAAAGCAAAGGUAGCCGGUUGCCAGGAGCUAAAGGCGAAAAGGAAGAGGACCCCAGAGGGCCAGAAGUGACAUCCCCCAGGCCCCCUGGGAGAAUGAGGGGACAGGACAGUUGGGCCGGGUCCCCGAGACCCCAGAAACUGACUGCUGCCCAACUUACUGUGUCAAGAAGUGGCCAAGGCCAGGACUAACAGGGUCGGGCCCUCACUUGGUGCCCACGUCCCAGAAACACUGCGGCUGUGCUGACCUCGGUCAGUCCGGUGCACCCUGGGACUGGAGGCCCCCCACAGACACCCUCCCUGGGCAGGAGACUGGCCACUCGACGGGUGUCGAUAAAUAAAGUGCCACGUGGCGCCCACA